AAAAAUUAAAGACGGAAUCUUCCCACGGCCAGCUCGCCAGUUGUGCAUAUGACACAAACUCUCUCAGCUUCAUGCGUUAUGGCUCUUCCUCAACACCACUUUCAACAGCACUACCAACCCCAACAACAACAACAAUCUUCUAAGUCUUUCAGAAAUUUGUACACAAUCGACGGUCAUAUGACGCCGGCGAUGGCCUAUUACGACCCCAGCACUUUACAAGAUCACUCGCAGCAUCCCCCUUAUGUUCCACCCUUUCAUGUAGUAGGGUUUGCACCCGGUCCAGUCGCUGCAACAGACGGCAGUGAUAAUGGAGCUGAUUUGCAAUGGCAAUAUGGCUUCGAAUCCAAAAGGAAAAAACUCAAGGAACAGGAUUUCUUGGAGAACAACUCACAGAUAUCGUCUGUUGAGUUACUGCAACCGAGAUCAGUCUCCACGGGCUUGGGUUUGUCCCUUGACAAUACUAGAAUGGCUUCUACCGGGGACUCGGCAUUGCUGUCACUCAUCGGGGAUGACCUGGAUCAUGAGCUACAACGACAGGAUGCUGAGAUUGAUAGGUUCCUCAAGGCUCAGGGUGACCGAUUGCGGCAAAAUAUCCUGGAGAAGGUCCAAGCUACCCAACUUCAGACUCUCUCGGUUGUAGAAGAAAAAGUCCUUCAGAAGCUGCGAGAGAAAGAAGCAGAAGUGGAGAGCAUUAACAAGAAGAAUAUGGAGCUUGAAGAACGAAUGGAACAGUUGACUGUUGAAGCAGGUGCUUGGCAACAACUAGCCAGGCGCAACGAAAACAUGAUAUCAUCUCUAAGGUUCAGUCUUCAGCAUGUAUAUGCUCAAAGUAGAGAUAGUAAAGAAGGAUGUGGUGACAGUGAGGUAGAUGAUACAGCUUCUUGCUGCAAUGGCCGUACCCUCAAUUUUGAUAUGUUUUGCAAGGAGAACAAUGACGUGAAAGAGAUGAUGACUUGCAAGGCCUGCAGAGUCAAUGAAGUCUGCAUGCUUCUAUUACCUUGUAAGCAUCUUUGCCUAUGUAAAGAUUGUGAAAGUAAGCUUAGCCUUUGUCCUCUGUGUCAGUCCUCUAAGUUUAUCGGCAUGGAGGUAUAUUUGUAACGCAUUAUGCGUCAAAGUUCUUAUUUUCAUGUCGAAGUCAUAUGUCUUAAGUCAUAUGCAUUGUUGUUGUCAUCUGAUGAUUGCUCGCUUGAGCACAAGACUGCCAUUAUUUGGCCAUCCAAAAAUGGAGCUUAGGAGCAAAGAGCUGCAUUGGCAUUAGCCGUUUUGUGAAUAGUAGCAUGAUUCUAAAUAUUCUUAUACUCUUAUAUAUGUUUAUUUCUAUAUGAAUUCUGAAAUACUUUGUUUCGACUUACUGAACGAACAUCAAUCAAUUGAACCUUCCUUUUGAA